CAUUUAAAUUCUUCAAAGAUCUGUGAAUCGUAACUUGACAAUUAUUUCAUUCGUUCAUUGUCAUACUGACGCACUGUUUUGCUUUUUUGGACCUUCCAGCAAAUGAACCGGAAUCCAUGGAAAGUGCAUAAUCGAUUUUCAUCAACAUGCCGGAGUUCAAUGCAUUCAAAGACGAGGAGAUAAAAGAGAGCGAACAUCAUAAUCAUUCACAUGGACAUCAUGAUGAAGAAUCAACUACACAAUUACAGAAUUUAGAAGAGAGGAGGAAUACACAAGAUGAAUUAAACGCAAACACGCCACACCUUCAACCGCCGGAAUCAUCAACACACAAUCUUCAAACACCAAGUGAAAAUUCAUCGCCUUCACAAACAUUUGGGUUGAGAGAACCAUUACCUCCUUUACAUACACCACAUCGAAGGAGGAAAACGAUAUUAUGGGUUGGACUUAUUAUCGUAACACUUGACCUGGCUUGUCUGCCGAUUACAUAUUACUAUGCCUUGAGUUUUGGAACAAACAUAGAGUUACAAGAUAUCUUCGCUAUCAUAACAAGUGUAUAUGGAAUGAUCAGUUUCGCACAUUAUGGUUUCCGAUCCCUGAAACUCUUCCGUGCCAAAACGGCGCCGAGAUGGAGACCAGUAGGAUGGACUAAAUGGGGAAUGCUUGAAUUCCUCCACAUCAACUUCAUGAUCGCUAUCACCUUCGUAGAACUCGAACUUAUUAUAGGAACUAUUCCACACCACCCAUGGGUGCGCUUAUGUGCUAUGCCUUCCCCUACGAUAUGUUAUUGGUUUGGGUUCAUGUUCAUAUACUCUGCGGUUCAAACAAUGCGAAAGAAGCCACUGCCAUUCAACAUGUCAUCGACAGAGAAGGGAAUGCUUUGGCGUCCAGCGUUAUUGGCCAUCAUCGAGGAUGCUGGUGGAGUUGAAGGCCAAGGAGGAGUCGUAUAUCGAAGCAAUGUAUUGAGACGAUACGAAGUCAGCCCCAUAUUUCGACGUAUGAUGAUGGUUCUAACGUGGUUUUGGGGUAUUGGACUCGUAUGCAUUGCCAUUAUAUCAACAGUCAUCAUAAUGACUUUACCCGAGAAUAUUGGUUUCGGAGUCGGAUGGGGAUUGCCAUAUUGUUUCGGUUUCGUUUGGGUUUGCAUCACUAUGGCUUUUGUGAAGACGCAAUUGCGAAAAGAGAAAAGACAUUGGGAGACGAAAGAAGCCGGAGAAGGUCAGGCUGUUGCGGAGUAUGCUUGA